AUGAAGCGCAUCAUUGCUCUUUUCUUUGCUGUUCUUGCUGUCGUUGCUAUUGCGGUUGCUCAGGAUAUGAUUAUCAACGUAGGAGAUGGUGGUCUAAAUUUCAACCCAGCCACAGCCACCAUCACCGCUGGUUCUAUUAUCACCUUCAAGUGGGCAAUUUUCAAGGUCACCGCUAAUAAGAGCAAGCUGUGGUUCAUGUGUGGUGUCCCUGGACAUUGUGAAGCAGGAAUGAAAUUGGCUCUCACGGUUAGAAAUGUAACUGACAAACUUUACCAAGAGAUAGGAAAUGUUGAUUUACCAGCCAUUGGAAGGUAG